AUGAAGGUGAUCAGCGCGCAAGUCAUCAAAGUCACAAGUGCAUUGGCGCUGACUCUCUUGGGCGUAAUCAAGGACUUCCUGGGUGUGUUCUUGUCCUCCUGGCUGUUCGCUGCACCAAUCUCUGCUGGGCAGGUGGCGGGCUAUGCAGUUGCCGUGCUUUUCAUCAACCUGUACAAGGAUGGGCACAUCACACCCAACGCAUGGAGCGAGUCCCUAUUAUCCAGUGUCACAAAGUUGCUUGUUUCAAGCUGCCAUGCGCGGCAGCUGGACCCGCCCAAAAGAUCCCUUCAUGUUCGAAAGCAUGUUCCAAGCUUGCGCAUCCUCUAG